AUGUUUGCUCGAAGCUGCUGCCGAUGCGUCACCCGCAGGCGCCUCCAAUCGCGACCUUCACAGCUCUCCAUCGCCAGAGCGCAAGCUCGCCACUAUGCGACGCCGUCCGGCGUGCCUACACCAGCGAUCAGCAAAGCCGGCGUGCUGGCGCCCUUUGUCACUGAGCUCGACAAGCUCGCCCCGAGCAUCGACCUGCGCGGUGACCAGAUCCAGAUCCUACAAACACCGACCGAAUUCUACGAAACCCUCAAGGAGCGCAUACGCAACGCCAAGAGCCGCAUCUUCCUGUCGACCCUGUACAUUGGCAAGUCGGAGCGCGAGCUCAUCGAGACGCUGCGGGACGCGCUCCGGCGCAACCCGCAGCUGACGCUGAGCAUCCUGGCCGAUUGCCUCCGCGGCACGCGCGAGGCGCCGGACCCGUCGUGCGCGUCGCUGGUGGCGCCGCUGGUGGCCGAGUUUGGGGCCGACCGUGUCGAGGUUCGCAUGUACCACACGCCCAACCUGACGGGGCUGCGCAAAAAGUACAUCCCCAAGCGCAUCAACGAGGGCUGGGGCCUGCAGCACAUGAAGCUCUACGGCGUCGACGACGAGAUUAUCCUGUCCGGAGCCAACCUCUCUACCGACUACUUCACCAACCGCCAGGACAGAUACCACCUCUUCAAGUCCAAGCAAGUCACCGAUCACUUCUGUAACAUCCACCAUGGCGUCUCCUCGCUGAGCUUCCUCGUCACGCCCUCUGACCAAGCCGCCGGCUUCACACUCGCUUGGCCCGCUACCAACCCGACACCCUCCCCUCUCGACGACCCUCACGCCUUUAUUCGCGGCGCCACGUCCCUCCUCACACCGCUCCUCGCCGCGUCCGGCCGCCCACCCCCUUCGGCCCUCGACGACACGCGCGUGUACCUCCUCGGGCAAAUGUCCCAAAUCACCACCGCGCCCGACCCGUCCACCGAGCUGCCCGUCAUCACCAGCAUCCUGACGCGCCUCGCCGCGCCUGCCUACCGCGGCUCCUCAUGGACAUUUACCGCUGGCUACUUCAACCCCGCCCCGUCGCUGACCAGGCUGCUCCUCGCCACCGCCUCGUCGGCGCGCAACAACGUCGUCAUCACCGCCGCCCCCGAGGCCAACGGCUUCUACCGCGCGCCGGGCGUCGCCGGCCUGCUGCCGGACGCGUACACGCUGCUGGCGAAGCGCUUCGUGCACGCCGCGCACCACGGCGGCCGCGGCGCCGACAUUGCCCUCAAGGAGUGGCGCCACGGGACCGUCGGCCAACCCGGCGGCUGGACGUACCACGCCAAGGGCCUCUGGGUGGCCAUGCCCGGCGACGAGGCAGCCGGGCCGUCGAUGAGCGUCAUUGGCAGCUCCAACUACACGAAGCGCAGCUACUCGCAUGAUCUCGAGGUCGGCGCCCUCAUCGUGACGCGGGACGAGGGGCUCAAGGGAAGGCUCAAGGGCGAGCAGGAGUGGCUGCAGGAGCACGCGCGGACGAUGACGAGAGAGGACUUUUCGACGAAUGAGCGCAGGGUCGGCCUCAAGGUCCGCAUCGCCAUGUGGAUCGUGUCGCUCGUCGGUGGCGCGUUGUAG